AACCGUUAUUAUUACAGCAACUAACAACAUGGUACAAACACACAAAACCGAUAAGCGAUAAGGGAAAGUCCAAUGGCGUCUCGUACUUGCUGCUGCUUCUUCACAUCAAACGCAUACCUACGACCCUCUACACUUACCACUUCGUGUCUCUCUCCGGUAUCUUCGUUGUCGCCGGUUGUGUUUUCCGGUGGCCUGAAAAGCAAGCGUGGGUCGUCGGUGGUGACUAGAGCAGUGCCCGGGCCCAAUACGUAUAUAUUCGCCUUUGUUUUUCCUCUGUCUCUAUUGGUGGCUACAGUCUUUACUACUAUUCGCAUUUCCGAUAAGCUUGAUGAAGAUUUUCUACGAGAGCUUGCUGUUAAUAAAGCAAUAUUAGAGGCAAGCGAAGAUGAUGAUGAAGUUGAUGGAACUUCAAUAAUGAAAGAACCUGAACGUCCACGCACGCGUAAUCGUCCCAAACGAGAAGCCGAGGUUUCUUCCAAAUGAAAUUGGUGAUUUCAGGAAACCUGCCAAAAUGUGAGAAGAUAAGCCAAAACAGAGAAUAGUUGUAGCUCAUCAGUAAUUUCCACAACUUUUCUUACUAAAGAACAAGUUAUAUGUAAUUACUUGUUAUUAGCAUUAUGCAAUUUUACUAA